GCGUCACGCAUUGAGGGCUGCCUGCGAGACUGCACUCAGGUACCAAACAUCCAUUGCCUGUUAGCACUUAGCACAACCGCGCUUCCACACCGGUCAAUAAAGUGAUAGCAACGUGCCCGCUCAACCAUGGCCUCCGUCGAACUUAAAGCAAAUAAACGACUCUCAGAGGAGAAGAAGACAGAGUCUCCCACCAAAAAGACAGAGACCAUGGCCUCCGACGCACCCAAAGCAAAGAAGGGAAGAUUCUCAGAAGAGAAGAAGACAGAGUCUCCAAGCAAAAAGACAGAGUCUCCGAGAAAAAAGACCGAGUCUCCAAACAAAGAGACAGAGACUCCAACCAAAAAGACAGAGUCUCCGACCAAAGAGACUACUGACAAACUAAGCCCUAAUACACUCUUUGGGAUGGGAAACCCCUUACUGGACAUCUCUGCUGUGGUGGACAAAGACUUUCUGGACAA